GAUGACUGAUUCAACUCCCAUCUUGUGAAGAAUUAAUCUAGUAACUAGUUGGCAUUCACAUACUUUAUAUCCAAUUUGCUUAACAUUGUUUGACAAAAAACUAAUAAUAAUUAAAAAACAAAAUUUUAACUAGUAUAAAUAAAAUUUUGAUCCCCAACAAAACACAUUCAUCUUGAACCCGAAAAACCAUGAGAGGAGUAGAAAUGGAGUUCAUGCAUUUCAGCCACAAUCACGGCCUGGUUUACCACCAGGCUAUUCAAGGAUAUGAAUUUCAUUGCUCCGGCUGCAAAUCUGCCGGCUCAGGCAACGUCUAUGUUUGCUGGCAGUGCAAUUACUUCCUUCACGAACACUGUUUUCGUUCAGAAAGGUCUCUCAAGCACCCGUCUCACCCACUUCAUAUUCUGACUUUGAUGCCUUCUCCUACUUAUACCUCCCGUUCUUUUCACUGCAAUUCGUGCAGUCUUGCUGGACAUGGAUUCUCCUACAGCUGCUCCGAAUGUGAAUUCGAUAUUCAUGUUCAUUGUGCCCUUAAUAUUACUAUUCCUAAUCCUAAUCCAAAUUUAUUACCUUCCGUUGUUCCUAAUCCUUAUCCUGCGCAGAAUAAUAAUCCCGUCAAUCCUCCUCGUCCAAUCCAAUCUAAUGCUUAUCCAACUUAUCCUCCUCAAAACACUGGUUAUUACCCGAAUCCAAACCACCCUUAUCCCAAUUUCACCACUCCUAAUCACAUUACACCACCAACUCCAAUUCCAAAAGAUCCACCCAAUCAGAACAAUAAUUCAAUUCCUGCUUACCCCCAACCAAAUAUUGGCCCCUCGUACAAUUACGUUCCUCCGUCAAAUCCCGCCGGUAAUCCGCCGCCACCGAAACUUGCACCGAACUUGAUCAAGCAUUUCAGCCACCCACACGGGCUCAAGGGCAUGGAGAUCAAAAAGAAGAACGCCAAAGUCUGCUCCGCUUGUGAGAUAGAAUUGAACGGCGCCGCCUACUGCUGCACCGAGUCCCAGUGCAAUUUCAACCUGCACAAAACGUGCUUCGACGCGCCCCUCAAGCUCCGCCACAAGUCCCACCCCGAGCACCCGCUUACCUUGCUGCCGUACGGCGAGGGGUACUUCACGUGCGACGCGUGCAUGAAGGAGGGCAAGGCGUUCGUCUACACAUGCACCACGUGCUCGAACGUUCGUCUACACAUAAACUGCGCCCAAAGGCCGGAGAAGAUGGUGUGUCCGGGCCACAAGCACACGCUAACUCUGUACUACUCGUCGCGGGCAGCGGCGAAUCGGGAGGUGACUUUCACGUGCGAUGUUUGUAUGAGCCUGAUAGACGAGAUGGCGUGGGUGUACUAUUGUCGUAAGUGCGAUUUCGGGACCCAUCUGGACUGUGUGAGCGCCGGCGGCAGCAGUAGCGGCGGUGGUGCAAAAAGUGACGUGGUACGGAUCUCGGAAGCUGCUGAUGCGGUCAACGCCGCUGCUAUUGAGGCUUUGUUCAAUGCAAAAGGCAGAAUAGCCGCAUGGGGACUUAUUUGA